GGCGUUCUUUACUGCAUGCCACGUGUUUAAUAGUUUAGGUUUCACCACAAAGGUCAAAAUGUCUGAAAGCAGUGAAGUAGCUCCUGCUCCUCCAGCAACAGGAGGAGAUCAGCAGCAGCAACAAGGGCCGCCUCGUCCCGGAGGAUGGCAGAUGCUAAAAACACUGGCCAUACAGAUGGCUUUCUUCUAUCUUAUCACUAGCUACUUCCGCGGGGGCAGUAAUAAGAAUAAUACAGGACCCGAUGGAUCUCCCCAGGAGGCUGCAGUAAAUAUUUUCAGUUUUGGUGAACAAGCUGAGCUACAGUUGUACUUGACUGAUGUUGAAGGAGAUGAGCUGGCGUUGGACUCGGCUCAGCUGAUAUGGAGCGUACCACUGGAGUAUGGUAACUGGGACGAUGGACCGCUGGGCGAUGGAUCGAGAACCAGUGAUGUCACUGUAUCUGUACCAACGAGUAUACAAGAGAAUGGCUCCUGGUAUGUUCAUGUGUUGCUAGUAAAGUCUGGGAAAGCUAUUGACUCUGAAGACCCACAAUAUGAUGAUAAUGCUUUAGUUCAUGAAAUAAAAUUAAUAAACAGAUAUAGGAAGCAAAGGCUUCAUAAAACAGCUAAUCUAUUGACGGGUAAAGCAGACAUCAGUCCAGGCUCAAUUAAAGCAUCAGAUCAUCCUGAAGGAGAAGAAAUGAAGAUAGUGUCAUACUGGCAUCCUAACAUAACAGUGAAUGUAGUGUAUGAUGAGAAUAGGUUUGUGAAAGAUAAAGUCCCAGCACCACUUGAUAAGUAUAUUCAAUUCAAUGAGUCAGGUACAGGGUAUUCACCAAUUGUGUACAUUAAUGAUUACUGGAAUCUUGCUACUGAAUACAUGCCAAUGAACAAUACUGUCAAGGAAGCCACAUUCCACCUCUCUUAUACUCCUCUCUCAUUCUUUCGGUUUCAACUCUAUGCUUCUAUGACAAGGGACAACCCUUGGGCCCAGUGGCUAGGACAGCCAGACCAAUCUGAUGAGGACCAGGAUACACUGAAGGAGACACUGCUGGACACUAAUCCUUAUCUGCUGGGACUAACUGUUAUUGUCAGCAUCAUUCAUUCUGUUUUUGAAUUCCUUGCUUUCAAAAAUGGUACUAUAAAUAAUUUGAUUUUGUUUACUUCCUUUCCUCUCUCUCUCUUUCCCUCUCUCCAAAAGCUUGCUUUCAAGUAUUUAGGAUGGUUGUUGUUCCCUCUCCUUGUCUCUUAUGGAGUUUAUUCUCUUCUCUAUCAUGAACAUAAAGGAUGGUACUCCUUCGUGUUAUCAAUGCUGUAUGGAUUUCUCCUAACGUUUGGUUUUAUAACAAUGACACCACAGUUAUUCAUAAAUUACAAAUUGAAGUCAGUUGCUCACUUACCCUGGCGCAUGUUGACCUACAAGGCACUCAAUACUUUCAUUGAUGACAUGUUUGCUUUCGUUAUUAAAAUGCCAACAAUGUAUCGGAUUGGAUGCUUUCGCGAUGACAUUGUCUUUUUCAUUUAUCUCUAUCAACGUUGGAUUUAUCGUGUGGACAUGAAGCGUGUUAAUGAAUUUGGAACAUCAGGUGUUGAUGAGGUUGCAAGGAAUCAAAAAGUAACUAAAGAUUCACGUCAGUUAACACAAGAAUCGGCUGAUUUAACACAAGAAUCACCUCAAUCAGCACCUGUUGAUCCAGAUGCUGAUAUUAAAUCUCCUAUAGACAAGAAAGAAGAUUAGUAGCAAUAACAUUUAUAAGUGUUAAUAUUAAGGUUUUAUAGCUAAGAAUUAAUGAUUAUAAGUUUGCUACACACACAUACACACAAUGUAAAU